GGAGGCUGCCGUCGCCCUCAGCCGUCUCCGGCCUUUCCCGCCCUCCGCCCCGCCGGCCGCCGGCGCCUGGCUUCGACGCGGGGUCGCGACGAUGGAGGUGCCGCGCCUGGACCAUGCCCUCAGCAGCCCCAGCAGCCCGUGUGAGGAGAUCAAGAACCUCAGCCUGGAGGCCAUCCAGCUGUGCGACCGCGAUGGUAACAAAUCACAAGACAGUGGCAUAGCAGAGAUGGAAGAACUCCCUGUCCCACAUAACAUCAAAAUAAGUAACAUCACAUGUGACUCCUUCAAGAUCUCAUGGGAGAUGGACUCGAAGUCAAAGGACCGCAUUACACACUACUUCAUUGACCUCAACAAGAAAGAGAACAAGAACUCUAAUAAAUUUAAACACAAGGAUGUUCCAACAAAAUUGGUGGCAAAAGCUGUUCCCUUGCCAAUGACUGUUCGUGGACACUGGUUUUUGAGCCCAAGGACUGAGUAUACAGUAGCAGUGCAGACGGCCUCAAAACAAGUUGAUGGUGAUUAUGUGGUAUCUGAAUGGAGUGAAAUUAUAGAGUUCUGUACAGCAGAUUACUCAAAAGUUCAUCUAACACAGCUGCUGGAGAAGGCUGACGUGAUUGCAGGACGCAUGCUUAAGUUCUCUGUUUUCUACAGGAACCAGCACAAAGAGUAUUUUGACUAUGUUAGAGAACACCAUGGAGAUGCUAUGCAGCCUUCUGUAAAGGAUAACAGUGGCAGCCAUGGCUCACCCAUCAGUGGAAAACUAGAAGGCAUCUUCUUCAGCUGCAGCACUGAGUUCAAUACAGGGAAGCCACCCCAGGAUUCACCUUAUGGAAGAUACAGGUUUGAGAUUGCAGCAGAAAAACUUUUCAACCCCAAUACUAACUUAUACUUUGGGGACUUCUACUGUAUGUACACUGCGUAUCAUUAUGUGAUUCUUGUCAUUGCCCCUGUGGGAUCACCAGGAGAUGAAUUCUGUAAGCAGCGCCUUCCUCAACUAAAUUCCAAGGAUAAUAAGUUUUUGACCUGUACAGAAGAAGAUGGGGUGCUGGUGUACCACCACGCCCAGGAUGUCAUUUUAGAAGUCAUUUACACUGACCCUGUGGCUCUUUCUCUGGGCACCGUGGCAGAAAUCACUGGUCAUCAGCUCAUGAGUUUGUCUACUGCAAACGCAAAGAAAGACCCCAGCUGCAAAACCUGUAACAUCAGUGUCGGACGUUAACGCCACUUUCGUACUCUCCCUCCCCGUCUCCCCAUAGGAGCACUGCCCUCUGUUGUCCAUUUUCAUCAUCAGAUGUUCCCACUGAAGCAUGCAUAUGCCGCUGUCACCAAAAGCAAACUACCAUUCAGAGCCUUCCCGUGUCUCCUCUUGCCCACCCUGUCCACCACUUCCAGUGAUGUCCCCAAGUUGUCCUGACACUUUGUUUGCCUAGAUGCUGCAAUGCUUUUAUGUUUCCUUUAUGCCAAACAUAACAAGACAGUUAUAUAGACCGCUUUAGCAAAGUACAAAAUAAUGGCUUAUAAAUGGUGUUUAAAUAUGCAUCCAUUUUAAUCUACUGAAUAAAUAUUGGGAUAACGCCAAACCGCAUGAAAGGGUGUAAUUGCAGCAUGAGUUAAAUCUUAAAGCCUAGAAUCGUCAGCACUUCCACCUUGUUGUUUGACAGUGUUAUUUAUGUUAUUUAUAUUAGCUAACAGGAAACAGUUACUGUGCUUCAACAUAAUAAAUAUAAUAGAAAAAUAUUUUAUUUGUAUGUUGUAUAAAAUAUUUACAAUCAUAUAGAAUAUAGUUACAUUUUAAUAGCAAUUGUAUACAUCUCACGAAACCAUUUCCCUUAUCAAAGAUGUAAUUUGUAAACCUUAAAUAGUUGUGUAUCUGUCCUGUUACAAGUAGAUGACUUCAAUUAAACAAAUUUAUGAAGGCCA